CACACUCUUUCACACUCACCUCCCAAUGCAUUUCAUAAUUUUAUUUCUCUCUUAUGCUUAAAUUUAAUUCUUCAGGUAGUCAGUUCUAAAAUGCCUAACCUGUCUGGAAUAAUUAUCUCUAUGAAUAACUAUGGAUGCUGGAGUAAUUAUCCCUAUGGUAACUUUUAAAAAUAUAUAUUAUGUACAGGUUUUUUGUUUCUACUGGGCUAAUGUGGUGAUGCACAUCUGCGCAUUACCUCGUUAUUGAUGUACAUAAAAAAUUAAUUCUGCACAUAGAUGGAAAAAAUUAGAGGGAACAUUGACCACAACCAUCAAUCUUUUUCAGAGUCACUGCUUCCCAGGACUGAGUCUCCCAUCCUGUAAGCAUGGCUACAUUCUUUUUCCUAGAUGGAUACAUUUACCCAAAUUUAAAUGCAUAUUUCUUGUUUGCUCCCUAUAUACCAAGCGAUCCAGAUUGCUCUGUAUCAGUGAUCUGUUCUCUUCAUUAUUUACCACUCCCUCAACUCUGAUGUCAUCUGCAAACUUUAUCAGUGAUGACUGUAUGUUUUCUUCCAGGUUAUUGAUCAAAAUGUUAAAUAGCAUAGGUCCAGGGGUGAAAGUAUCACAGAAGACUUACUGGUACGGGGGCCUGGCUUUGGGCUCCCAGAAGGGGUGGGGCCCCGGGCAGAAGGGGCAGGGAUGGGGAUCAGCGUCCCCCAGCCAGCCCAUCCAUGCUGCCUGCCCCACGCGGCCCAGGACUCUGGUGGCAAUUUAAAAGGGCCUGGCGCUCCAGCCGCUGCUGCAGUAGCGGUGGUGGCCGGGAGCCCCGAGACCUUUUAUAUCACCGGGCCCCAGGGCAGCUACCCCUUUAACCCCCCCCAUCGGCGGUCCUGCCUGUAGGGUCCCUACCAGCAGGGCCACCAACGGAAGGGGGCAAAAGGGGCAGCAACGUUAAAGCGCUUUAAUGUCAGCUGCGUACAGGCUGGUACCAGUGGCCACUUUUACCAGUACGCCAUACCAGCCUGUACCGGCCCACUUUCACCCCUGCAUAGGGCCAAGAGCCCAGCUGGUACCCCACUAGAAACUCACCUGCUCGAUGAUGAGUGCCUGUUUAUAAUUACUUUUUGAGACCUAUCAGUUAGCAAACGUUUAAUCCAUUUAAUGUUUAUCAUGUUAAUUUUAUAUCAUUCUAGUUUUUCAGUCAAAAUAUCAUGCAAUCUCAAGUCAAAUGCCUUUCAGAAGUAAUUACAUCAACAUAAUUACCCUCAUCAACCAAACUUGUAGUCUCGUCAAAAAAAGAUAUCAAAUUCGUUUGACAGGAUCUGUUUUCCAUAAACCCAUGCUGACUUGCAUUAAUUAUAUUACCCUCCUUUAAUUCUUUAUUAAUCAGAUCAACUGUAUCAGCCACUCCAUUGUUUUGCCUGGGAUUGAUGUCAGUCCUUUAAUUGCCUAGAUCAUCCCAUUUACUUGUUUUAAAUAUUGGCACAACAGUAGCUUUCUUCCAGUCUUCUGGAACUUCCUGAAUGUUCCAAAACUUUUUGAAAAUCAACAUUCAUGGUCCAGAUAACUCCUCAGAUAGUUCUUUUAAAACUCUUGGAUGUAAGGUAUCUGGACCUGCUGAUUUAAACAUGUGUAGCAUCCUUCUAAGAUUCUACUAGAAUGGAAAGUUCUUUUAUUACAUGACUACUACAUCUGUUUUUUCCCAAAUACAAAACAGAAAUAUUUAUUGAACACUUCUGCCUUUUCUGCAUUGUUCUUGAUAAUUCUAUCAUCUACAUCUUGUGUUCUUCUUUCUGAAUCAGUAUGGAAACAAUGAACUUAAUAUUAAUUAAUUAACGAUUAUUAUUCUUUAGUGCUGACAACAUUCUUGGUGCUGUACAGUGCACAAAAGUAUAGAUAGUCCCUGCUUUCAAGAGCUUACAGUCUAGAAUGGUGGUUCUAGAUUAUCUCCCUAGCAUGGUGUGUGUGAGAAGGUGACAAUUUUCAGAUAAGAUUUAAAGCUAAGGGGUGAAAUCUUACCCCUGUUUAAGUCAGUGGCAAAACUCCCAUUGACUUCAACGUGUCCAGGAUUUCACUCAAGGGCCUGACCGCUAGUGGGAAUAAAGGAUUCCAAAGCACUUUUCAUGAGAGUGCAGAUAACUCCAGAGUCUUUGCCCAAAUUCCAACUAGUACAAAUAUAUUCUGCCUCCCAAAAUGCCUCUUCUGGUACUCAGGCUAGAGCUGAUCAAAAAAAUAAAAGGAGAAAAUGUUGAAAUUUUUUAAAAUGUCCCCCCCCCCUUUAAAAAAUUCAAAAUCAAGCAAACAUUCACACAAUUUCAGCCAGCUUCUAUAACUGGUUGAAAAGCAGUGAACAUUUUUCAUUAACAUUCUGUUGAAAAGUUUACCAAUUAUUAAAAAAAAAAUUGUCAAAAUUCAGGAAGUUCUGACCAGCAAUAGUGAGUAGGGUAUAGAAUCCUUCUUCACUUCUGUCCCUAGCCUGCUGUGUAGCAUUACUGUGCACUGAUAAACAACUACCACCUUUCACACCAGAGCUGGGGAAGUGAUGCCUUUUAAAUCCCACACAUUGUGAGAUCUGUGGAUGGAAAUUGCUAGAGGCAUUAUUAAUAAAAUAUUCUUAUAAAUCAAUUUCAGAAAGGGCUUUUUCUUGUUCCUGAAAUGCCUUAUUGAUCUUAAAGUGUACCCUUUUCUCUCUUUAAUAGCUAAUAAGAAAAAGGAAAACUGGUGGAACAGAGUGCUUUCCCCUCUACUCUUUUUAUCUUCCUCAGAUCAAUCCCUGGAUUGGUUCAAAGAAAGGCCUGUGUUUGAUUAAACCCAGACUGAGUUGAGUAAACAGCUGGAAAACUCUUUUGGACUUUCUCACUUGCAGGGCAGACAGUUUGCAAUCAGCCUGGCUUUGUCCCUGCAGCUGCUCCAACAAGAAAAUCAGCAAGAAGAAUUUGUUUUUAGGAGACCACAACAGACCAUUUUGGCCAAAUAUCUCAUUUGGUUUUGUAUUUGCCAAAGUGAGAAAGCAAAGUGAGGAAAAUGGCAGAGUUGAAGUACAUGCCAGGAUUUGGUAAUGAAUGUGUCUCUGAAGAUCCACGUUGUCCUGGAGCCUUACCAGAAGGACAGAAUAACCCUCAGGUCUGCCCAUAUGGUCUGUAUGCAGAACAGCUCUCGGGCUCUGCCUUCACCUGCCCCAGGUCCACCAAUAAGAGAAGCUGGCUGUAUAGAAUUCUACCCUCUGUCUGUCACAAGCCCUUUAAACCCAUGGAUCAAGGCCACCUGACACACAACUGGGAUGAAGCGGAGGCUGAACCCAACCAGCUGAGAUGGAAGCCUUUUGAGAUCCCAAGAGCCUCUGAAAAAAAACUGGACUUUGUGAGCGGUUUGCACACAUUGUGUGGAGCUGGGGAGCCUAAGUCGCGCAAUGGGAUUGCCAUCCACAUCUUCACCUGUAACACCUCCAUGAUUAAUAGGUGCUUUUACAAUUCAGAUGGAGACUUCCUGAUUGUGCCACAGCAAGGGAAGCUGCUCAUCACCACCGAGUUUGGCAAAUUGCUGGUGGAGCCCAAUGAGAUCUGUGUCAUUCAGCAAGGUAUGCGUUUCAGUGUGGAGGUGUUUGGAGAAACCAGGGGCUACAUGCUGGAGGUGUAUGGCGCACAUUUCGAGCUACCUGACCUGGGACCCAUCGGGGCCAAUGGUCUGGCUAACCCACGAGAUUUCUUAGUGCCAGUUGCCUGGUAUGAAGAUUGCCAAGUAGCACGUGACUACACAGUGAUCAGCAAGUAUCAGGGCAAAUUGUUUUCAGCCCAACAGGAUUUCUCCCCAUUCAAUGUGGUGGCCUGGCAUGGGAACUACACACCAUACAAAUACAGUCUGGAUAACUUUAUGGUCAUCAAUUCUGUUGCGUUUGACCACGCGGACCCGUCUAUUUUCACUGUCUUGACAGCCAAGUCAACCCGACCUGGAGUGGCACUUGCUGACUUUGUCAUCUUCCCACCCCGAUGGGGGGUAGCAAACAACACCUUCCGGCCACCUUAUUACCAUAGGAACUGUAUGAGCGAGUUCAUGGGGCUGAUCAAAGGGCGCUAUGAAGCGAAGGAAGAAGGGUUCCAGCCAGGAGGGGGCAGCCUACACAGCAUGAUGAUACCCCAUGGGCCAGAUGCUGAGUGUUUUGAGAAGGCAAGCAAAGCCAUGCUAGAGCCCGAGAGAGUUGCAGAAGGGACCAUGGCCUUCAUGUUCGAGUCCUCCUUCAGCAUGGCUGUUACCACGUGGGGCCUCAAGACCUCCAACUGUCUAGAAAAGACCUACUACAAGUGCUGGGAACCGCUGAAAAGCCAUUUUAAUCCCAGCUGCAAGUAAACAGAAGUGAGCUGCUUGUGCACUCCCAGGCCAGUCACACUGAUGAGAAACAAUCAGUGAUACCUACAGGGGCAAGGGAUGGUAAAGGAACAAACAUCCUUCAGUACAGUGAGUGCUGUUGCACUGCAGCCAUUUCAACAGUGACUGAUUAAAUGAAUUACUCUUGCAAACCUGCGUAUCUAGCCUUGAACUGCACCACAGUUCUGAGCUUUCAAGUAUCCAAUUAAAGUGUAAGAGCUGCAGUGCCCAUGCCAUGGGGCUCCCCCAGCAGGUGGAGUGGUGUGAAAUCUGUGCCUUGUACUGAAGUGAGAUAGUGGUUGACUUCCUUUCGGGACACUCAUGAAAAUAUGACACAUCUUUCACAAGGGGAUGCUCAGGAGCAACAAUUUAUUAAACAAUACUCCAGGAAUGAUCUUCCAGUGAGAGGGUAAGAAUAAAUAGGAGUCAGAAGAACCAGCCAGGUCCGGUCUUAAAAUCCAGCAGACCUACUGCCAAUCAAGGGAAGGUUACCCUUCCAAUGACAUACAGCCCAAUCUUCAGCACCUACUAACACUUUAUCAUUUCCCAGCACCUUCUGUCUGGGUUUGCCAAU